UUGUCUGGGGAUGCUUUUUUCCCUCUCCACACAUAACCUGGGCCUUCCUGCUUCUUGCACUUUCUCUGCUUUCAUUGAUUGUGGCUCUCACAGCUGGUGAUCAGCAGGGUUACUCAGGGAGCUGUUUUUUUUUUUUUUUUGAGUCAUUUAAUCGACUUUGUCUUAAGAGCAGAGAAUAAUAUUUUUCUCCUUUUACAAAAAUAUGAUUUUUACAUAAGUACAUCCCAAGAUAAUGGGAAUAGAUGGAAUUGAAAAAAAUGUACUCUUUGGCUUCUAAUGACGGUGUAAGAUUGAACCCAAGGGCCUGAUCUUCAUCAUGAGCAGUGGGUUUGAUUUUCCGUGAAGCUCACAGAUCUCUAGAACGUCCUCACCUCGCCUGACUGAAACUACACAUAUUGAACAGCAACUCUCCGACUCCUCCUCCUGUCCAGCCCCUGGCUACCAUCAUUGUUUUUCUGCUUCUAUGACUUUGAUUAUUCAAAUAGCUCAUCUGAGGAAGUGGAACUUCAGAGACACUUCUGAAUCUCUUCCCUAAAUCCAAGACACCAGAGAGCCCACCAACUCUUCCUCUAUCUGCCUUUCUGGGAGCCACCAUGUCACUGAGCGAUGUCGACGUGCAGAAGCAGAUCAAGCACAUGAUGGCUUUCAUCGAGCAGGAAGCCAAUGAGAAGGCAGAGGAAAUAGAUGCCAAGGCUGAGGAGGAGUUCAACAUUGAGAAAGGACGUCUUGUGCAAACCCAGCGACUGAAGAUUAUGGAGUAUUAUGAGAAGAAGGAGAAGCAGAUAGAGCAGCAGAAGAAAAUUCAGUUGUCCACCAUGAGGAACCAGGCAAGGCUGAAAGUCCUGAGAGCCCGAGAUAACCUCAUCUCAGAAUUGCUCAGGGAUGCAAAGCUGAAACUUGGUAGAAUCGUGGCGGACCCAAAAGUAUACCAGGAUUUGCUGGAUAAACUAGUGCUCCAGGCUCUGCUCCGAUUGCUGGAGCCCGUGGUGAUUGUGCGCUGCAGGCCACAGGACUUCCUCCUGGUGGAGACUGCAGUGCAAAAGGCCAUCCCUGAGUACCAGAAUGUAACCCAAAGAAAUGUGGAUAUCCACAUGGAUCAAGAAGAUUACCUGGGUGUGAAUGCCGCUGGAGGGGUGGAGAUCUAUAGCAGCAAUCGGAAAACAAUGGUUUCCAAUACCCUGGAAAGUCGCCUGGAUCUCUCAGCCCAGCAAAAGAUGCCAGAAAUCCGAAUGACAUUGUUUGGAGCUAAUCCCAACAGAAAGUUCUUUAUAUAAAGCUCUGGAAAGUGAAGCUUGGGUUAAACUGCCAAGUCAUUAAAAGUAAGUUAUUUGGGCAAAGGAAACUAGUAAUGUUUCCUAUUCUUUGAAAGCUCCAAUAUGGUCCUAUCUUCUUUCAUAAAAGAAAGCUUUCGCUUUGAAUAGCUAAAGGCCUUAUGUGUUUUUAACUUUGGAAUAAAGCUCAAGUUGAUGCUCAUAAA